AUGAUGAAGAAGCCGAAGCUGAUGAACUAUCUUGAAGCAGUCUUCCCUCCUGUUCCCUCACAUGACGUCACAGCUCUGGUCCCACUUUGCUUACAUCAAUUCCCACAUGGGAAUGAAGAAAAGAUUGAACAUGCACAGGCUGUAGCUGUAACAUGGGAACCCACAAAUCAAUUCAAUCGAGUAUCGCCUAUGGAAGUGAUUGUGUGGCUUGGAUAG